AUGAACCUUAUCGCUCCAAUUCUCAUUCUCGCGGUUUUCACCGUCCAUCAAGGGACUCCAACCGUCUUCAAGGCAUCGGGCACCCUCGGAUGUUAUCAGGGUGGCACGUGGUGCUUCUUCGUUUCUCUCAUUGAGAGGGACAGUCUUUUCAAGGACGACCUACUCGAUCGCGUGGGAGUCCGGUGCACCACCUAUCCCGAAUAUCCGUUCACCCUGAAAGGUGAAGAGGAUGGAGAUGAGAUCCUUGGGAACUUCUACAAGGUUUCCCUGGUCAUCACCCACAACUGCACCAAGUAUGGGACCCUCAAGAAAAUCGAGAAGGUCAGGACUUCUGCAUCGGUGAACGCUGACCUUGUCGAAAUGGAGUGGGACACCGACCUCUCGAUGACUGCUGGUGUUCGCGUAUUCAGUUAUUUCUAA